AUGUCCAACAAGACGAUCCGCAUCGGCGUCUUCAUCCCGUACGGCGCGCAGACGCUCGACACGGCGUGCGUCGAUGUGCUAGGCGUCAUGUCGCGGGAGUACCUAUCCGCAAUCCCGCAGCUGCCGGCCCACGUCUCCGCGCUGGCGCCGCACGUAUCGGUAUCGUACAUCACGACGCCUACGCAAGGGGUUGACAUCCCCCUAACGUCAGGCAUGACGAUCCGGGCGACUCACUCGUACGGGGACGCGGCGGUGGCGCCGGGCGAGCUCGACGUGGUGCUCGUCCCGGGGCCGGACCCGUCGCUGCCCCUGGACGACGACGAGGGCGCGCUGGCGUGGCUGCGCGGGCAGGCGGGCGCCGAGGGCGUGGACGUGCUGUCGGUGUGCACGGGGCUGUUCUUGUGCGGCGCGGCGGGCAUCGCGGACGGGAGGCGGGCGAGUGGGCCGAGGGGGUUGCAGUGGAUGUUGAAGGAGAGGUUUCCUGGGGUUGAGCUCGUGGGGGAUGAGUAUCGGUGGGUGAGGGACGGGAACUUUUGGUCGAGCGGCGGCGUGACCAACGGCAACGACCUCAUGGCGGCGUACGCGCGGGCGAGCCAGCGCUGGCCGCAGCCCGUGGUCGAGAUCGGCCUGCAGCUGACCGAGGUGGAGGACCGGGGGCAGUUCUACGGGAAGGGCAAGGGUACGUUCAUGGCGGGGUUUGCGUGGCAGCUGCUGCGGGCCUGGAUCGCGAGUCUGCUGUUUUCUUCCCCGGGCUCGUCCCCCUCCCCAUUGCCCCAUUCUUCUUCGUCGUCGUCGUCGUCGUCGUCGCCGGCAUCGUCAUCACAGUCGCACAAGUCGUCUCGCACGGGGGCUAAUCGCGAGAAGGGCCUCAAGGCGAGCUAGGAGCUUGAAAUGACUAUCGUCCUUGCCGACGAUUUUUGGGAGCAUAGCCUAGAGCUUAAAACCGGCGGCUUGCUAUGCGACGGUGCUAAGUGCGGUUCGGUGAGGGUUUAGCGCAGCGUGGCGUGGGUAGUUAAGCACAAUGCCACUCUUUCAGCCGUG